AUGGAAGACGGUAUGAUUGAUGAAACAGAGUGGCAAAAAGAAGUUGUUGUCCUACGCUCCAGUAUUGAAAGAUUAACUUAUAUGGUUCAAGACUUGGUGGGUGCUCAGAAUCAGCCAUCAACCCAAGCUCAAACUGUUGUGAUCUCCAAGAUAGAGACUGCUCAGAUUCCUACAAUUCCUGUGACAAAUCCUAAGACCACUAGACCAUAUGGGAUAGAGAUGGAUUUCCAAUUGGCUGGACAACAGAUUCCUGUUCGACAAACAACAAUUCCUCGGGCUAUCAUGACUACUACUCCUAUUGCAAUGAAUGUUAUCCCUAUUCAAAAUGAACAAAUUUUCCAUGGUGCUCCUUCUAAAGGUAUGGGAAGAUUGGAAGAAUUGGAAGACCAAUUUCUGGAAAUGCGGAAAGAGAUCAAGGCCCUCAGGGGAAAAGAUCCAUUUAGAAAAGAAGUAAAUGACUUAUGCUUGGUUCCGAAUGUUAGAGUUCCAGCCAAGUUCAGAUUCCCAGAAUUUGAGAAGUACAAAGGGAAUUCCUGUCCUCACAGUCAUCUGAUCAUGUAUGUAAGGAAAAUGUGCAUGCACACAGAAGAUCAAUGCUUGUUAAUUCACUACUUUCAAGAUAGCUUAUUUGGAGCUGCUUUGAAAUGGUACAUGGGUUUGGAUAGUACUUACAUCCGUACUUUCCAUGACCUAGGGGAAGCUUUCAUCAGACAAUACAAAUACAACAUUGAUACGGCACCGGACAGAGAUCAACUCCGUGCUAUGUCCCAAAGAGAAAAAGAGACUUUUAAAGAAUACGCACAAAGAUGGCGUGAACUAGCUGCUCAAAUUAUUCCUCUAAUGGAAGAAAAAGAAAUGACCAAAGUGUUCCUUAAGACACUAGGCACAUUUUAUUAUGAAAAGAUGGUAGCAAGCGCUCCUAAUGAUUUUACUGAAAUGGUAAACAUGGGGAUGCGGCUUGAAGAAGGUAUCCGAGAAGGUCGCCUAAUCAAAGAAGUUGGUUUACCACUAUCUAGUGGCGUCAAAAGAUUUGGUGGAAACUUUACCAAGAAAAAGGAAGAAACUGUGAGAGCUAUCUUAAGAAGAAGGAAAAGACUGUAUCAACCACAACAAAUUGCUGCUGUGACUCAAGUUGUUAGCCAAGCUUCACCUCAGAAUGUCCAGAAACCUCAGCCUCAACAGCCUCGACAACAUGCUCCUCAACAAAAUCAACAAGGGAAAUAUUUGCCUUUUGAUCCUAUUCUGAUGACUUAUACGGAAUUGCUUCCUAUGUUACUUCAAAAAAAUAUAGUUCAACUGAGGAAUCCUCCUCCUCCUGCUAAUCCCCUAUUUUGGUACAAGGCAGAUGCUCGUUGUGCUUUCUACAAGAAUGCUCUUGGUCAUACUGUGGAAAAUUGUUACCCUCUUAUGAGUGAAGUACAGAAACUGGUCCAAAGCAACAUGCUCACCUUCAAGGAUGUCAACCUAAUGUUCAAUUUAAUCUACUUCCCAACCAUGAGACUGUCAAUGCAAUUAAGACUCAAUCCGGUUAUGAAUACAUACAAGAUGUUUGUGAAUUACCUCAAUCCUUGGUGA